AUGCCACUGGCCCGCAACGCCAUGGCAACGCAGCUCAUCACAUCCCAUGCGAAACGACAGGAUUGGCCUGGCGCAUUGGAGAUCCUGGUGGGUCUUCAACACGCGCGUUCAGCUAACGUGAUCAGCUUUGGUGCAGCCAUCCAUGCCUGCGACCGAGCUCGUUGGACUUCAGCAGUGCUGCUGCAAGACGUGCUGCGUUCGAGAUCUCUGGAGAGUAAUGUCGUCACAUCAAGUGCUGCCAUAAGUUCCUGCCAAAAGCUGGCAGCCUGGGAAAGUGCCCUGGAACUCUUCAGACUUAUGUCAUCGGCCGGGCUGUCGGCGGAUGUGGUGGUCUGGGGUGCUGGCAUCAGCGCAGCGGGAGGGUGGCAGAGAUCCCACUGCUUGCUGUGCGAGAUGGAGCACCAAGCUGUCGAGACGAACCACAUCACCACUGGCGCCGCGCUGUCGCAUUGUCCGCCCUGGCACCAUGCGCUGCAGUGCGGCGUCCGGGACACCUUUGCCCAAGGGCUGAGGCCAGAUGUGGUCACUUUCAACGUCACCAUGUCGGCUUGUGAAAAGGUCACAUCUUGGCUGGAUGCUGUUGUUCUUCUGCAGGAGGUUUCGAAGCAAGAGAUGAGACAAAGUGUGAUCACAUUCAAUACCACUGUAAGCGCAGGGGAGAAAGCUGGUCGCUGGCAGGAAGUUCUGCUUUUGUUCCAGUCCGCUGUGGCAAAAACAUUGCAACCUGAUGCCUUUACGACCAGCCCACUCCUCAAUGCUUGCGCAAAGACUGUUCAUUGGCAGCAUGCCCUCCAACUGGCUGGGGCGGCUGGGGGUCACUGCUCAGACUUGGUGAUUCUCAACGGUUUAAUCAACGCCUGCGGGAAGUCCAGUCACUGGCCCUUAGCACUGGCCAUCCUGGAGAAUGUGCUGAUGCAACGCUUAGAACCGGACAUCAUCACUUACAGCGCUGCCAUCAGUGCGUGUGAAGAACGAAAUGAACUCGGUCCAGCACGAUGUGGGUUUGAAGAUGCAUGGGAAAGAGCUUUGCUUCUUCUUUUCCAGGCCAGUGAGAGCCAGGUUGAAGUCAACGUUUUCGCUUGCAGUGCGACCAUCAGUGCGUGCUCCAAAACAUCCAAUUGGCAGCAAGCUGUGAUGCUUUUGGAGAUGGUAUGCAAUCUCCAAGUGCAGUUGAACUUGGUGGCGUACAACGCGACCUUCACGGCCUUCCAGGAAUCGAAUUGUUGGAGAUCGGCCAUUCAUCUCUCCGACGCGGCGGCAGACGCGGCAUCGCUGGAUUUGGUCGGCCUCAGCGCGAUUUGCUGCGCCUGCGGAAAGGUGGUUCCACGUCAGAUAUGGUUAAGGCCUGCUUGGGAUGCUUGAGGUACGGCUGGAGAAUGGCAAUCUGCCUGCGGUAUCAUUGACCAAGCUGCAAGAUGUCACAUUAACCUUGAUGCCAUCGCGUACGCCUCCAUCGCGGACGCCUGCGACCGGGCGGCUGAGCUGUCCGGUUUGCGGCGGCUGCUGGAGCAGUUGGAUCCCAGCGGAUCAGAAAAU